CCCCCAUAUCCCCACAACCUCUGUUCCUCCAGAGGCACCAUUUCUAGGGGUAGAGGGUGUCCCUGAGGUGAGCUGGGGUUCUUGGGGACCAGCUGAAUAGUCCCCAGUCCUGUACUGCGUGCCCCCCAGUCUCCCACCUCCACUGCUGCGACUCACUUCCGCCGCUGAGUGUAGCGUGGCCGCCAGAUAAGCAGCACAGUGCUGUUUCCUCUGGGGAAGGAAGGAAGGUUGGGGCCUCGGGUGAGAGCUCAGGCUGCUGGGGCAGCCGAGCGCCAAUGGACCUCCACUACGGCAGGCCAGGGGACCAGCCUGGGGACAGAGCAGGGCACGAGGAAGGUUUCCUGGAGGCCGACCCCCCGGAAGAACUGUGGGAACAGAUUGAGCCUCCAUCUCACCACUUCUCCCCUGAAGAGCGGGGCCUGCUCUACGAGGAAGCUGUCUACACUGUCCUGCACCGCCUGGGUCAGCCUGAGCCCAACCAUGUGACCGAGGCCUCUGAGCUGCUCAGAUACCUGCAGGAGGCCUUCCACAUGGAGCCUGAGGAGCACUGGCAGAGGCUGCAGAAGGUGCAGGAGCUUGAGAAGCCAAUAUUUUGUCUGAAGGCGACAGUGAAACAGGCCAAGGGCAUUCUGGGCAAGGAUGUCAGUGGGUUCAGUGACCCCUACUGCCUGCUGGGCAUCGAGCAGGGGGUCAGCGUGCCUGGGGGCAGCCCAGGGUCUCGGCGUCGGCAGAAGGCUGUGGUGAAACAUACCAUCCCAGAGGAGCAGACCCACCGCACCCAGGUCAUCACCCAGACGCUCAACCCCGUCUGGGACGAGACCUUCAUCCUAGAGUUUGAGGACAUAAACAACUCGAGCUUCCAUCUGGACAUGUGGGACCUGGACACCGUGGAGUCUGUGAGACAGAAGCUUGGGGAGCUCACAGAUCUGCACGGGCUGCGAAGGAUUUUCAAGGAGGCCCGGAAGGACAAAGGCCAGGAUGACUUUCUGGGGAACGUGGUUCUGAGGCUACAGGACUUGCGCUGCCGGGAAGACCAGUGGUACCCUCUGGAGCCCUGCACAGAGACCUACCCAGACCGCGGCCAGUGCCACCUCCAGUUCCAGCUCAUUCAUAAGCGGAGAGCCACCGUGGCCAGCCGCUCCCAGCCCAGCUACACAGUGCACCUCCGCCUGCUGCAGCAGCUGGUAUCCCACGAAGUCACCCAGCACCAGGAGGGCAGUACUUCCUGGGAUGGGUCGCUGAGUCCCCAGGCUGCCACUGUCCUCUUUCUCCAUGCCACACAGAAGGACCUGUCCGACUUCCACCAGUCCAUGGCGCAGUGGCUGGCCUACAGCCGUGUCUACCAGAGUCUGGAGUUCCCCAGCAGCUGCCUUCUGCACCCCAUCACCAGCAUCGAGUACCAGUGGAUCCAGGGUCGACUCAAGGCGGAGCAGCUGGAGGAGUUGGCCACCUCGUUCAGGUCGCUGCUGGCCUACGGCUUGUCCCUCAUCCGGAGGUUCCGAGCGGUGUUCCCUCUCUCGGUCUCUGACUCUCCGGCACGGCUGCAGUCUCUCCUGAGGGUCCUGGUACAGAUGUGUAAGAUGAAGGCCUUUGGAGAACUGUGCCCCAACAGUGCCCCUCUGCCCCACCUGGUCACCGAGGCCCUGCGGACUGGCACCAUUGAAUGGUUCCAUGUGAAGCAGCAGCACCAUCAGCCUAUGGUGCAGGGCAUGCUGGAGGAGGGCAAGGCCUUGCUGAGUCUGGUACAGGAUAUAAUUGCAGACCUGCACCAAUGCCAACGCACGUGGAACAAGAUCUUCCUCAAUGUCCUCAAGAUCAACCUCUUCUCCACGGCUUUCCUGGAGCUGCAGUGGCUGGUGAGUCUCCCUGGUCUCAGGUGCACUCUGCCCAGACCCCAGAGUCCUAUCCACCAAGCCUUGCCUUUGCAGGUGGCUAAAAAGGUGCAGGACUACACAGUGAUGGUCACGGGGAGCCCCGUGACCCCAGACACGGGUGAGAGCCUGUUCCAGCUCUACAUCAGCCUCAAGGAGCUGUGUCAGCUGGGCCCUGUCCCCUCAAACAGGGAUGGAGUCCUGGCUCUGGACAGUUUCCACCGCUGGUUCCAGCCCGCCAUCCCGUCCUGGUUGCAGAAGACUUACAGCGUGGCCCUGGCACGAGUGCAGCGUGCUGUGCAGAUGGACCAGCUGGUUCCCCAGGGUGAACUGACCAAGCAUAGCACAUCAGCCGUGGAUCUGUCAACCUGCUUUGCCCAGAUCAGCCACACUGCCCGACAGCUGGACUGGCCUGACCCAGAGGAGGCCUUCAUGAUCACAGUCAAGUUUGUGGAGGACACCUGUCGGCUGGCCCUGGUGUACUGCAGCCUAAUAAAGGCUCGGGCCCGUGAACUCUCUGCAGGCCAGAAGGACCAGGGCAAGGCAGCCAACAUGCUGUGCGUGGUGGUGAAUGACAUGGAGCAGCUGCGGCUGGUGAUCGGCAAGCUGCCUGCCCAGUUGGCGUGGGAGGCCCUGGAGCAGCGGGUCGGCGCUGUGCUGGAGCAGGGGCAGCUGCAAAACACACUGCACGCCCAGCUGCAGGGCGCACUGGCCGGGCUGGGCCACGAGAUUCGCACUGGGGUCCGCACCCUGGCCGAGCAGUUGGAGGUGGGCAUUGCCAAGCACAUUAAGAAGCUCGUGGGCCUCAGGGAGUCCGUCUUAGCUGAGGAUGCCAUUCUGCCCCUGAUGAAGUUUCUGGAGGUGGAGCUCUGCUACAUGAACUCAAAUUUGGUACAGGAGAACUUUAACAGCCUUCUAACCCUGCUCUGGACCCACACUCUCACGGUGCUGGUGGAGGUGGCUGCCUCCCAGCGGAGCUGCCCCUUGGCCUCUGGCAGGCUGAAGACGGCACUGCAGAGUCUGGAGAUCUGCUUCUACGCGGAGGGUUGCGGCCUGCCCCCUGAAGCACUGCACACCGCCACCUUCCAGGCUCUGGAGAGGGACCUGGAGCUGCAGGCAGCCUCCAGCCGGGAGCUCAUCCAGAAGUACUUCUGCAGCCGCAUCCAGCAGCAGCUGGAAACUACCUCUGAAGAGCUGGGAGCUGUCACAGUCAAGGCCUCCUACCGCGCCUCCGAGCAGAAGCUGCACGUGGAGCUGCUCAGCGCCUCCAGCCUGCUGCCCCUGGACUCCAAUGUGUUACUCUGUGGCCAUCUGUCAGGCUCCAGUGACCCCUUUGUACAGCUGACCUUGGAGCCAAGACAUGACUUUCCUGAGUUGGCCCCCCGGGAGACCCGGAAGCACAAGAAGGACCUCCACCCGUUGUUUGAUGAAACCUUUGAGUUCCUGGUGCCUGCUGAGCCAUGCCAGAAGGAUGGAGCUUGCCUCCUGCUCACAGUGCUGGACCAUGACAGGCUGGGGACCAACGACCUGGAAGGGGAGGCCUUCCUGCCACUGUGUUCGGUACAGGGCCUGACUGGGACAGAAGAGCCCAGCGACGUGCCUCAGACCCGCCUGCCCCUCACCUACCCCACCCUCCACGGGGACCCAAUCCUACAGCUACUAGAAAGCCGGAAGAGUGACCGAGAAGCCCAGGUGUUUGUGAGGCUGCGGCGGCAUCGAGCCAAGCAGGCCUCCCAGCAUGCCCCACGACUAGAGCAGUAGCAUUAGAGUUCGGGGUAGGCCUGGGUUCCUGGCAGACAGGCUUUCCUAGGAGGUCUGGAAUAUGCCAACGUAUCCUGCCUGGCUUGACACUCUGCAGGGUCCUUCAAGUUGGGGGGUAGGGAGGACCCAAGCAUGAGGAAAGCCCAGAGUGCAGCCCCAGCCCUCCACCCUCCGCCAGAGCAGGUCCCGUAUUGGCUGGGGCACCAUUAGUAAUCCGUAUACUCAUUCCCUCCUCUCAGCCCUUGCCCGAGUCUUCUCUGCCAAAUCAGCCGCAGGGGAGAGGCAACUCUUGCUCUCCCACGGCCCCUUGGGGAAAAGAUGCUCAGGCAAAGCAGCGUGUGUCUCAGUGUCUCCAGGCAUGGCUGGCUGAGCCGCUGGGGAGUGGCCAGGCCCCCUAGGCCCUGUUCUUCAGUGUCCCUAGUCCACUGGGGGUCAAGGCUGUAGACACAAUCUCCCAGGGGAGGUAGAGAGGCCACUGCUACGGAGAGGCUACCUCAGUACUGAGGGGAGGUGGAGUGGCAGUCAUGUUGUAAAGGGGCCUAGGUCCUCUCCUGAGAACAGUGUGUCCCCAAGAUAAGAAGUCUAGAGCCCUUCUGGGGCCGUCUAGUUCUGAAACGAUGAUAGCCAGCAGGCAGCAGGGCUGGUUUGGAGGGGUGGAAGCAGAAAGCAGUUUGACUAGCUGUGUCUGCUGAGGACAUCACCUGUCUGGAACCUUGUCUGCCACCUGGAACCUUUCUUAGCAAAAAUAAAAUAAACAUUAGAAACGCU